AUGAUCUUCCAAACAAGCUUCUGGCUCGGCCUACUUGCGGCAAGCCUGCACGGCGUCGCCGCGGUCGACCAAGUCGUCGACGCGCAGCUGGUCGAGGCCACUCUGGAGGCGCCGACGCGGCUGGAGCGGCUCAAGCUGUAUCCGUCGGACAACGACACCGUCUUCGACUUCUACGAGCAGCCCAACUACAGCAGGGAGCCGGGCUCCGUGGUCAACGCCAACCGGGCGACCUUCCCCUAUGCGGCGGGCAACGGCAUGACCAUGGCGCUGCUGAGCCUGGGCCCUUGCUCGAUGCUGCCGCCGCACUUCCACCCACGCGCCGCCAACUUCGUCAUGGCCAUCAACGGCACCACCGACACGUACAUGGUCGAGGAGAACGGGGCGCGCACCGUGCGGGCCACGCUGGACGCCGGCAAGGCCACCAUCUUCCCCGCCGCGAGCAUCCACACGAUGGAAAACAAGGGCUGCGAAUUCACCCAGCUCGUCUCGGCGCUGAACUCGGAGGACACGGGCACGACCAACAUGGCCAACGUGCUGUUCCAGAGCCUGCCCCACGAGCUGGUUGUUGCUGCCCUCGGCGGCAGAUGGUCCGCUGCCGACCUCAACGCCACGGCGGGAUCGGUGCCGCCCGUCGGGUUUGGCAGCAUCUAUGGCAGGAAGGAGUGUUUGGAUCGGUGCCGGAGGGCGGGGUAUAAGGUUUGA